ACCAGAAGAUUUGUAUCCUUAAAAAUCCGACGAUUCAGAACCCUAAGCGGUGGAUCCUCAACAACUAUGGCUGAACCCCAGCAGCAGCGUAGCUCCGAUUCUUCCCCUCCUCAGCUGAAGUUACCUUCUUUCGUCGUUAACUUGUUCCCCUUUCUCCAACCCAAGCCUCCUUCUCCCGCUAACGGCGCCGAUGGUGGUCCUAAACCCGCGGGAGGAGUCGCCAAGGACAAGGAGACUCAGAACUCGACGGUUACUUUCCCUUACAAUCCUCCCAAGAACGCAGAGCCUCUCAAGCUUGAAGCCGAACCUAGCUCCGGAAGCACUUCUAACUCCCUCGUCAUUUGGCAGGUAUAUGCACUUGGAGGGUUUCUGGUCCUGAAGUGGGCUUGGGCGAGAUGGAAUGAGAGGAACGCCACAAGUGACAAAAAGGAGGAUGAUGAUGCUGAUGAUCAAGCUCCUCAUCCGGAAGAUGAUUGAUGAUGAAGGCUGCUAGUCAUAUUUGCACGACGACGAUGAAUCUGUUGCCCCCAUUUUGGUUCUGUAUAGCAAAAACUCCCUUUCAGAUUUUCUUAUAUUCCCAUUGUAUCUACUCAAGACUGUCUUGAGUUCCUUCUACUUCUGUAAUGACACUACUUUUCUCCUCUCCCAAUGCAGUUUUUUUUUCUCUUUUCCACUGAUAAAA